CGAAGUGCGGGACCCGGGUCCAGAGCAGGUCCAGAGCAGCACACUGUAGAGGCGGACACACUUCACCAUGUUUAGACUGUAGUUAUGAACUUGAGCUGAAGUUCCUAGCUCUGUGCGGAUUUACGGUAGAACUGCGACCUUUGGCAUUGUGGGAUCCUCGAGUUCGGUUCUGAUAUGGGCAGUAAAGCUUUACCGGCGCCGAUCCCGGUGCACCCGGCGCUGCAGCUCAACUACUCGCUCCUGCAGACGCUCAACACGUUCCCCGCCGCCGUGGAUCAUCUGUACGGCCUGAGCUCGCUCCAAACCAUGCAGAUGAACCACUGGACCCUGGGCUACCCAACCGUUCAGGGCCUCGUGGACCCGCGCUUCCCGUUCACCGCGGCUCUUCCGUUCGCCGCGCACCUCUUCCACCCCAAACACGGGUCCGUGACGCGCGUCGCUCCCGCGCUGCACAAGGACAGACCCAGGUUUGACUUCGCGAACCUCGCGGUGGCGGCCACGCAGCAGGAUCCGCCCAAACCGGGCGAGCUGUCCAAACUGAGCUCGGAGCUGGCCAAACUAUCACCGGACCGAAAGCCCACGCGCGGCAGACUGCCGUCCAAAAGCAAAAAGGAAUUUAUUUGUAAGUUUUGCGGGAGACACUUCACCAAAUCCUACAAUCUACUGAUUCACGAGCGCACGCACACCGACGAGCGACCGUACACCUGCGACAUCUGCCACAAGGCCUUCAGGAGACAAGACCACCUGCGAGACCACAGAUAUAUUCACUCCAAGGAGAAACCCUUCAAAUGUCAGGAGUGCGGGAAGGGAUUUUGUCAGUCGCGAACUUUGGCGGUUCAUAAAACCUUGCACUUGCAGGAAUCUCCUCACAAAUGCCCCACAUGCGGAAGAACCUUUAAUCAAAGAAGUAACCUGAAAACUCACCUUCUCACCCAUACAGACCUCAAGCCCUUCUCCUGCGGCCGCUGCGGGAAGGUGUUUCGGCGCAACUGCGACCUGCGACGCCACAGUUUGACACACAGCCCACAGCAGGACUACUAACUAGUGAACUAACGAGUGCACACACGCGAUCUGCUCUCGACUCUCUGUUCAGGCGGACUCGUGUUUGAUGGACUCGCUUGCACCCAGACAGACUCUGUGAACUCAUGUAAAUAAAGUUUUUAUUGUUAUUUUUAUUAUCACCUGCAUCUGAACUCAACGCGUUUCGAUCUGUGUUCACAUCUGGGAGAAAUCAUUGUAAAGCGGCUGAUCUCCUCACACGAGCACAGGAUUAAUCCACUAUAUUUGAGUCAAAGACAAUAAAAUAUGAUUGAGAAGAGACGGACACAAUUCUGCUUUAAUAAAAGAGUUAUCUUUUUUCAAACGGCGACUGGACUUUUGUGUAAAAAAACAACAACAACAACUUCAGAUGUUCCCCUUUUUACAUUUUGUAAUAAUAAUCUUUUAUUUUAAUAGAAUUAAAUGUCCCGACAUGUUUAUCUAAUUUUAAUAAUUAUAUAUAUAUAUAUAUAAAUGUCAGCAGUGUCCUGCAGAACUAUUGGCAGCUGAGCUUUCAGACGAAUAGAACAUUUACAAUAAAAACUAUCAAUGUGUAAAAAUAUUGUAUUAAUACUAUAAUAUUUAGCUGUCUGGACUUUCUUUGUUAGUUACAUCACUAAAAGUGUAACUGUUGAUUUAAUUUAGUUUUCUUUGCAUGUGAACUGAACUACUGUGGAGUUUGGCUUCGAGAUGAUUUCUGCUGUUUGAGCCGAUCAUUAAACAGAAAACAAACCCGUUUUAUUGAUCAAAUCUCUCAUUUAAGGUGUUAAGUGGACAGACAGUACAAACAUAUUCAUGCUUUCAUAUAAAAAAACACAAUGUGAAUAAAUAUAUUGUGUAGCCUAAAUAGUACACUAUAUAAAUAAUAUAAUUGUUAUUUAAAAAAGUGAAUAAUGUGGAGAGCAAAGGUGCAGAAACGGAAAAAAGAAGACGGACGUGUUUUGGAAGAUCGUUAUAGAAAAGGCACAUCGAAAAAAAAAAAGGUAGGCUAAUCUUGAACAUCGUAAAUAUAAAAAAUCAUCAGUGGCACGGGUGAAUUAUGAGCCCGUAAAAUCAAACUCUUGAAAUGAAUAGCAGAUUAAUUUGUAGAGCUCUUCUGAUCAUUUUGAAUAAACGACGCAAUCGGGUAAUCCUAUAAAUACAACACGAAGACGAACUAUUUUGGAACAGGAAACUGAAAUGAUUCCCAUCAAAGGCCUGUGAUAAAAUAUUCCACAAAGGCAAAUCUCAAAGGAAGAAGACAAAAAUAGAGCAAAUCUGAAUGAACUGUUUUAAAUAGACUCCGAUCAUGUAACACAUGAUUCCGUGGGAAAAUAAUGUGCAUUUAUUGAUUAUGACUGUAAAUCAACGGACAGUAUUUGUAAAUCAUCUAAUAAUGGGGAGUUAGUGUUUAUGAUGAUAAUAACAAGUAUCAUAAUAUUAAGUAGAUAUUGUCAGUAUUUACUAAUACAGUAGAAGCGUGU